CCUUACCAUACCUAGCAUCACCCUCAUCCAGAUAAAAUCAUCUGUACACUUUCGUAGGUGAUCAAAGUGCUACAAAUUAUUCUAUUGCAAUGGAACAAACCACCCAAGGCGCUGGCCAGCAGCAGAGCAGACAGCAACCCGUUUAUGAUACUAGAAACGGUGGACACUAUGGUGCCAGCGCAGCGCUUUCUGCGCAGGGAUAUGCUCCCGUAGCCGAGCUCUAUACGGGCACUUGGGCAAAUGUCAACCAAGGCUUACAAGGGACUGCCCGUGAUAUCCUGACGACAUACUGGCAACACAUCAUCAAUCACCUCGAAUCUGAUAAUCAUGACUACAAAAUCCAUCAAUUGCCGCUAGCGCGUAUCAAGAAAGUCAUGAAAGCUGAUCCCGAGGUGAAAAUGAUUUCAGCCGAGGCACCAAUCCUCUUUGCUAAAGGUUGCGAUAUUUUCAUUACCGAGCUGACUAUGCGAGCGUGGAUUCAUGCAGAAGACAACAAGCGGCGUACAUUGCAGCGAUCGGAUAUUGCUGCGGCCCUCUCAAAAUCUGACAUGUUCGAUUUCCUCAUAGACAUAGUACCUCGUGAAGAGGCUACGUCGCAUGCGAAGCGGUCUAGUCAAACAGCUGGUGCGCCGCCGGGCGCGUCUGGGCCGGCAGGUACUGCAGGGCAACUCCCACCUCAACACGGAGUGCAGCAUCCCUCACAUCAUAUGGCACCGCCGGACUACAGUUUGGGUCAGCAUAGUCUUCAAGACCAAGAAUAUCGCCAGCCAGCUAUGUACGCGGGACCUGUGCAAUCAGAUCCGACUGCAGCAUAUGGCCAGCCCCAAUCUCAAAUGUUUGAAGGAAUGUAUGCUGCUUAUCCGCACUUGCCACCACAGCAGUGAACGAUGCGCCCACCUUUCAGCGCACUUUACCAAAUCGGCUUCUGUAGUUGCCUUCUUUCCACCCUUCCCCUUGCAAGAAAGGGGUUUUAACGUUCAUAAUGGAGUUCUACAUUUUCCUCUUUCAGUGAUGGGCUGGUGGAUCUAUCAGUCUUUCUGCUGGAAAUCUGUGGUUUGACCAUUC